AGGAACAAUCUAGAAUUGGAUCUCUCUUCUCUUUAAAUACUUUGGUCCUUUCGUGGGAAAAAGACAAAACCUUUGCCUCUACUUCAUUCGAAUCUUCUUCUUCUCCUCUCCCAAUCAAUAUGGCUAAGGAACUUGCAGCUCAGGCUAAAGAGGCUUUCGUUGACGACGACUUCGAUGUUGCUGUUGACUUGUACUCUAAAGCCAUUGACUUGGAUCCCAAUUGCGCUGACUUCUUCGCUGAUCGUGCUCAGGCUUACAUCAAACUCCAAAACUUCACCGAAGCUGUGGCAGAUGCCAAGAAAGCUAUUGAGUUGGAUCCUUCAUUGACCAAAGCUUACUUGAGAAAAGGAACUGCCUGUAUGAAGCUUGGAGAAUAUCAAACUGCGAAAACAGCUCUUGAAAAGGGUGCUUCGAUCGCACCAAGCGAAUCUAAAUUCAACAAGUUGAUAGAUGAAUGCAAUCUUCGAAUCACAGAAGAAGAGAAAGAUGUGGUUGAACCGCCAGUAAAAGUUGCUGUGACCCCUGUGCCUGCAGAACCGGCCAAACCAAAGUUCAGACAUGAAUACUACCAAAAGCCAGAAGAAGUUGUGGUUACUGUUUUUGCAAAAGGGAUACCGAAGCAGAAUGUUAAUAUCGACUUUGGUGAACAAAUUCUGAGUGUUGUGAUUGAUGUUCCUGGAGAGGAAGCAUAUCAUCUCCAACCGAGAUUGUUCGGAAAGAUAGUACCAGAGAAGUGCAGAUAUGAAGUAAUGUCAACCAAGAUUGAGAUCCGUCUAGCAAAAGCAGAGAUCAUCACAUGGGCCUCUCUUGAACACGGCAAAGGGCCUGUGGUUUUGCCAAAGCCUAAUGUCUCAACAGAGGUUUCAGUGAGGCCGGCGUAUCCUUCUUCUAAGAAAGUCAAGGACUGGGACAAGCUUGAAGCUGAAGUGAAGAAACAGGAGAAGGAUGAGAAGCUGGAAGGAGACGCUGCUUUGAACAAGUUCUUCCGUGAGAUAUAUUCAAAUGCUGAUGAGGAUAUGAGGCGUGCUAUGAGCAAAUCAUUUGUGGAAUCUAAUGGGACAGUGCUCUCAACAGACUGGAAAGAGGUUGGAGCUAAGAAAAUCGAGAGCACUCCUCCGGAUGGUAUGGAGCUCAAGAAAUGGGAGAUUUGAUCUGAUAUUAGUAUAUGAUUCUUCCUUUGAAUGCAUUUGUGGGUUUACCUUUAAUCUAGACAAAACUCGAAGCCUUGGUCUUAAUGGUUUUCCUUUCUCUACUUUUUAUGGACUUUGGUUCUUUGCAUUUGCCUUGAAACUCAUAUUGUUUAUACACAAACAACUGAAGUUUUAAAUCUAAACGUUCAUAUAGACCAG